AUGGCUUCUCUCCGAGUUCAGUCUGCAGCCAAGCUGCUGCGGACGGCACAAAUCUCCCGGACUUCUGCCACAUCUCUCGUCCACCGCCGCUUCGAGUCCACCGACGCCGCCGUCCGCGCCAACGAUAACUCCAAGGCCCUCUCCGACCUGGGCCCCGUAGCCACCACCACCAGCACUGCUGCCGAGAGAGCUCCCAACUCGCCCGACUACGCUGCGCACAUCGAUAAGGCGACAUCGACAUAUACCCCAGUUCCCAAGCGUGUCCUGGACGGCAGCGAGGACACCGAUGUCCUGCCCGCUGCCGUGCUCUCUGGUGCUCCCAUGGAGCUGCAGGCCCGUCAAGUUCGCAUCUUUCAACCCGCAAAGCCCGCCACCCAGUCCGGUAGCUGGGGCUCUCACCAUUGGCGGUUGGACUGGGACGUCCUUGGCAAGGGACACCGCUGGGAGAACCCUUUGAUGGGAUGGCAGUCAUCGGGCGACUUCAUGCAAGGCACACACCUGAACUUUCAGAGCAAGGAGGAUGCCAUUGCUUUUGCCGAGAAGCAGGGCUAUGAAUACUUUGUCCAGGAGCCCAACAAGCGUGCUUUCACCCCCAAGGCCUAUGCCAAUAACUUCUUGUACUCUCCAGGCAAGCUCAAGCACAUCAGGGCCAAAUAG